AUGGCACAACCCCACAUUUUGAUUGUGAGUUAUCCAGCCCAAGGCCACAUUAAUCCGUCCCUUCAAUUAGCCAACAAACUCAUCAAAAUUGGAGUAGAAGUUACCUUCGCCACCAGUCAUUUUGCCCCGCCGGUUGUCCCCAAAGCCUCAUGCAAAGUAUCUAACGACUUCCAUUUUGCAGCCAUUUCAGAUGGUUAUCCUGAUGGAUUCAAACCUCAAGGUCUCGAUGUUGAUCAUGUCAAUGCACUCAAAAAAUACGGCCCAGAAACCCUUCGAAAUGUAAUCCAAGCUAGCGCUGAAACAGGCCGUCCUGUUACCUGCAUUGUCCACACUUUAAUCCUCACAUGGGCUGCAGAGGUGGCGCGUGAAUAUCACAUUCCAUGGACUCUCCUUUGGAUUCAACCAGCCACAGUUCUGGGAAUAACUUACUAUUACUUCAAUGGAUAUGAAGAUGAGAUCAGGAAUUGUUAUGAGCCCUCCUGGUCCAUUCAAAUGCCGGGAGUACCAUUGCUCACAACACUAGAUCUUCCUUCUUUUAUGCUUCCCUCAAGCUCAAGUACACAAAAUGUUGCUCUUUUAAUGGUUAAGGAGCAAAUGAAGAUGAUAGAUGAAGAAGAAAAUCCGUAUGUGCUGGUGAAUACUUUUGAUGCACUUGAGCCUCGUGCUCUCAAAGCGAUUGACAAGUAUAACCUGAUUGGAAUUGGACCGUUGAUUGACUUUCCUUUUUCAGAAGGAAGUGGUGAUGUUAUGCAGGAGGAGGAAUAUUAUAUGGGGUGGUUGGAAUCACAGCCUAGAUCAUCAGUUGUCUAUGUAGCAUUUGGCAGUCUUUUGAUGCCAUCGAAACAUCAGAUGGAGGAGAUUGCAAGAGGGUUAUUGGAGUGUAAAAGGCCGUUUUUGUGGGUGAUAAGAGCAAGGGAUGAUGGAGAAGAAGAGAAGCUGAGUUGCAUUAAGGAAUUAGAACAAAAGGGGUUGAUAGUUCCAUGGAGUUCUCAAAUUGAAGUUUUAAAACAUCCCUCAUUAGGAUGUUUUGUUACGCAUUGUGGAUGGAACUCAACUCUGGAGACUAUCACUUUGGGAGUGCCAGUGGUGGCAUUUCCUCUGUGGGCUGAUCAAGGGACAAAUGCCAAACUAAUUCAAGAUGUGUGGAGGAUUGGAGUGAGGGUGGUCCCAAAUGAAGAUGGCCUUGUUGAGAGUGAUGAGAUCAAAAGGUGCAUAGAAUUGGUCAUGGAUGGUGGAGAAAAUGGGCUAGAAUUUGCUGGGAAUGCCAAGAAGUGGAAAGGUUUGGCUGGGGAAGCAAUGGUGGAAGGUGGAUUAUCAGACACAAAUCUAAAAGCAUUUGCUUUUAAAGAUGUCUGA